AUGAAGAGAUUGACACUGUGGAGAAGAUCUGUUCAACACAGACGUUCGCAUCGUUGUGUCAAGUUGUACAAACAUACAGUGAAACUAGUCUCAGCUCUAUUUCUUCCUCUUCUAUUGGCAAUAUUUACUGUGAUAGUUGCGUUUGAACAGCGAAAAGAAAAUCAGCAACAACGUUUUGAAGAUCGAGAAUUAGCUCGCACCCAUCGAGAACAAGAAUUAAAUAUAUCGAUCUUAGCACGUGAAGCUGAUAAAUUAGCUGCACGAUUACAACGUGAAAAUGAUCGAGAAAUAGCUGAAAGUCAAGGAAAUAUGUCUCGACAAUUGGAGGAUUAUCGAUAUGAACAAGAACGGAUCAAAUAUCUCGAUAGUUUACUUGCAAAUUAUCUCGAUGAUAUUGGACAAUUAUUGAAAGAAAAUAAUGGUUCAUUGACAUCAAGUUUCUUAGCUGCUGCUCUAGGACGAGCUAAAACUCUGCACAUCUUACGUAUGGGAAUAGGUUCAAUACGAAGCAGUCAAAUCAUUCAUUUUCUUUAUGAUGCUGGACAAUUAACUGUUAAUCAGAAUCCUCUAGAUUUAUCCAAUGCUCCUUUAGAUGGUAUUUAUUUAACUGGUUCAUCAAUGAAUUCACUAUCAUUAGUCCGUACUCGAUUAAUCAAUGCUUCCUUUAUUGGUCUAGACGUAUCCAAUGGAAAUUUUGUUGGAGCAUAUCUUAAAAAUGCUAAUUUUAGUGGAGCUAAUUGUACGAAUGUUGAUUUUCAACAAGCCAAUUUGUUUCAAAGUGAUUUUUCUAGUGCUAUUCUAACCAACGCUAAAUUUGAUCAUAACGAUCUCGCUUAUUCCACUUUGGCCAAUACUAGUCUUAUCAAUGUUAAAUUUCAUUCGGCAAAUCUCUCAUAUACUACUCUCGCCUCUAGUGAUUGCACGAAUGCAACAUUUGAACAGACAAUAUUGAUCAAGUCUGAUUUUUCUUACGCGACACUAACUCAAACACAGUUUCGCCAAGUUAAUUUACUAGGAGCAACAUUUUCAUUCGCUAAAUCAGAGGAUUUCCAUGGUUGGGGGUGCUUAUUUAAUUCUUCUCAAUUGGAGAGAUCGAAUUUUACUCAAACUGAUCUAUAUAGUCUGACAUUUAUUAAUUGCAACAUCACAAAAAGUAUCUUCUAUCAAAGUCAAGUAAAGUUUAUUUCCAUCUUAUAUUCUGAUGCAACCAACAUAGAUUUUACGAGCGCUACACUUUUCAAAGGACAAUUCAAUGUAAGCAUAUUUAAAUACGCUAGUUUUGUGAAUGCUGAUAUUCGCGGCACAGUCUUUAAUUAUGUUGAUUUAAUCAAUGCUAAUCUAUCAGGUGCCCAAUGUUCCAACAAUGUUUGCUUGUGGAAUGAGUCUGUUUUUCUUGAAAAUGCAACCUUGCCAAACGGUUCAUUAGGUCGUUUCAAAAAUUUGAUCGAGAAGAGUCCCGUUCAGUGUAAUUUAUCGGUAGAAGAACAUGGCUGGCAUAUCAUUGGAAAGCAUACUAUUGUCACUAAACCUAAUUGGAAUGGCUCUGAUCAAUGUGUUUUUACACUUUCUCCCGAUUCAACCGAUGGAAAAAUGAAUCUAUUUGUCAAUCUUUCACGUUUCGCAGAUUUUAUUGAUACAGGGCGAUCAUUUGCACACAUCAAAAUACAACAAGGAAAACAAGUAAUCACCAAUAUCCGAUCCGAUCAAUCGAGUCAUGGAGGAUGGACGUGGAGUCAUCAUCAGACCAAUCCUAAUUUCAAGUGUGUGACCGCAGGUUUACAUCCAAAUACAAGAAGCUUGACGAUCGAUGUCCGUUUUCGUGCAUCUGUUUUUGGGCGCGAAGAACUCUAUUUCUACGAUGUCGUGUCUAUCAUGGGUCUUUGGUUAGAUCAUUUAGAAGAUGCCAAUUAUCAAAUACUCGAACAUGCAUGCUAA